ACCAGGAAAAUAAUCAAACCAGGCACUUUGACUGUAGCUAUUCUAGGGUUUUAUUAAACAGCCAGGGGGAAAGAAAUCCCAUGAGGUGAUAUACCCCUUGAAGUACUUGUGAAACCAAACUAAUGAGGAACACGGAAUAAGGCAUCAAGGCAUCGAGACAUCGACGCAUCCGGCGAGGACAAAUUCCUGUCAUGAUUAUUUAUAACUUUGACAGAGUCGACGAUGUGGUCUCCCGUCUGCUUGGACUGGCUGGGAGUAGUAGCCGCAAACCCAUCGAGAGCCUGCUAUCGUACUUUGACAGAGAAAUCAGACGCAUUGCAGAAGCCAUCCUAGACACAUCCGAGGAACAUGGAAAGGACGGCGAAAGUGUGUUGCUGUUGAUGGCACGGAAAUGUCUUCAGCAGGCCACCCAGAACGACGGUGUGUUGCAAUAUCACCAAUAUGUGGCCGAGAAGGAAACGCAUGAAAAUGGAAAUCAAAGCAUUGGGUCGACCGGUGAACUGGAAUGGACCACAUUCUGGAAAGAAACAGUCAAAAACUGCCCUGGACCGAUCUUGUUCCAUCCGCCCGCCAGCCCAACCUUCCAUUCCUUUGACUUCCACUUGGAUCAGACGCCGCGAUAUCUGUUCCGCACCUUCGACCCCAAGAGCUCAGGCCACAGCGACGAUGAGGUGGUUUCCUCACCUGCCAGUGAGAAUCGGUUAGUAAGCAGCAAGAUGGACAUCCUCUCGCUCGAUGACGACCACGCAUUCGCCCUCGUCAAUCUGCAUAUGAACCCGUGGCGGUGCAAGACCAAGCCGCACCCGAACCCGGACAACUUGAUGUCCUGGACCUCAUCACUGCUCUACGCAGUCCAGUACGCCCUCUAUCGACGGUACCAUUAUGGCUGCUCCUCAGAGGAGAUCAAGAUCUGCGUCAUCGACACGGGAGACUUCCCGCGUGGCCAGUUCGUGCACGCCAAACGCCUACUGCAGGCGUACUACCACUUCCUGCACCGAAAGGACAUGCGAGACAACUUCGACACCCGCCUACUGGUCUACAUCUACCAGAACGGCGAGUACCUGUCUCAAGGCCGGGUCCGGCACGGUGGGCGUUCCUGUGUGGUCUCGCUGGCUCGCCUCGAGGCUGCAGGGCUGUACUCCCUGUAUCCUGAGCUGGCAGAUCCGUGCGGCCACGUCCAGUGGGGGGUGAGAACCGCCAAUUUGCGCAGUAUGUGGGCUAAUCAGGAGUUUUCCACGUACAAGGAGCUGCACACGGCCCUAACGAUGGCCCGGAGCUGCUUUCAUUCCUUCCAACAGUUGGAUCUGGCUGCUAUCCUGCUCUCGUUCAAACGGCGGGAACUGCAAAUGAGGAAAGACGAAUCGGACGAAUCAGAGGAGGAAUUGGAGAGAGAGGAAGAGCAGUUCUCUUCAGUCUUGGACAUGAACAAGCUGCCGGAAUGGGGUCGUCAGCCACCGGAGGUCCGUCAAUACCUGCUCGCGCUCCAAACUCUGCAGACUGGUCCAGUGACGGAAUGGAAUCAGCGGUCGAAGAAUCGUUUGCCUGAUGAAGAGAUGGUCCAGGCACUUCAGGCUUGUUUUGCAACUCGCUCGUUAUAAUCUAGUAGAACAUGGCAAUGAGAAUCUUUAGUUAUGGUCACAUAUAACGUUCAAACCUAUGGCAAUGCUUUAAUGUCUGGCGACCGAGAAGUCGCUGGGAAUUAGGCUGUAUUGAUACUGAUGGAUUCGGCGUGUCCAGUGAGGGCAAUCGUUUUCAAGAGUGAGCUGAUAUUAUAACGUUUCUUUAUCCUCGUCUCUGCUGGUCAGAGUCCGAUGCCGUGUUCCCCGCGUCCUCAAACUUGAGCGUGUCCUCGUUGUGUCGUAUUGAUGGUUCUCGACAAAGAUUAUGGCCCAACAAAAGUUU